GGUUUUCUUGUGAAAACCUGGCAACCCGGUACAUAACACAUCGUGCAAUUUUAAACAUGGCAACUGCUGCAGGGUCGCGAUCAUCAACGCAUAACAACGCGGGUAUGGAGGGUUUCCCGUUCACUGUGGCUGGCAGACCACCCGAGGAAAGCACGAGUAAGGAUCAGAGCGCUGCCGGAGAGCCGAAAAAGAAACCGUGCCGAGCGUGUACGGAUUUUAAAUCAUGGAUGAAGUUGCAGAAACAGACGUCCUUAGUCUCAGUGCAGGAGAGCAUGCCGAUGGAGGAGGCUAGGCCUGUUGAAUGCCCUCUAGACAGAGAGGAACUGGGAAGGAGCUCAUGGUCUUUUCUUCACACUAUGGCUGCAUAUUAUCCAGACACACCGACCACAGAACAACAGGGGGAGAUAACACAGUUCAUCAACCUCUUCUCAAAGGUUUUCCCUUGUGAUGAGUGUGCAGAGGACCUGAGAUCAAGACUGAAAACGAAUCAACCAGACGCUAGCAGUCGGCACAACCUCUCACAGUGGCUGUGUCACCUCCAUAAUGACAUCAACAUCCGAUUAGGCAAGCCAGAGUAUGACUGCAGCAAGGUGGAUGAGCGAUGGCGAGAUGGCUGGAAAGAUGGAUCUUGUGACUGAAAACCUCCAACACAAUCAUGAACAUGAGCAAAAUGCAGCCGCACACUGAUUCUGUGGACCUGUCCUUUUUGUUACAAGUGCCACUCAGGAGUCAUGCAUAAACAUGAUAGAUGUUGACUUUGCACUAAUUGAUAGAGUGAUUUAUUCAUAUACAGUUGUCUGUAUUGUGCUUUUAAUCAAGAGUUUUGCUGUCUACAAGAGUAUGGUGUUAUGGCCCAUAUUGUUUUGUAUUAUUGAGCUCUCCGUGCAUAUGAUUAGCCCAGAGGCAACAGGAUGAACUUUGUAAAAAUCUGUGCAACAGCCGGAAACAAAAAUGCUUUGUUUAGAGCAGUGAUUCUCAGCUUUUUGAACUCCAAAGCCCCUCAUUGUAAGACAAUAACUGAAUAUUCCCCAAGAUAUUUCUGAUAGUUCUGCUAUAAAGACAAAGCUGCUUGUUUUCAAAAAAAAAUUUAUUUACAGAAACAUGGAAUGGCAAUUAAAU